AUGGCUUCAAAUAUUUGUCCUAUCAACAGUGACAAUCAAUUCAAGGUUCGAGUCUCUGUUGACUGCCGAGAAUUCGAUUUUACUCUGCUCUUCGAAGACACUAUAUUCAGUAUUCUGCCGUCGAUUGCUUUCUUAUUAUGGAUCAUCCCUCGACUAGAGAUUUUGCGACGUUCCCCCGUGAAGUCGAACUCCUUCAAACUUGCAAUCUAUAAAUUGUGUCCUCCGGUUAAGAAGCAUUUAUUUACGUUCAAGAAUAAUCAGGCCCUGUUGUUUGUUCUUUUACUGCUGCAAAUCAUCUUUUUAGUGUUCCAAGUGCAAACUUCAGCCCUACACACUACGAUUUCAAAUCCUGCAGCAGCUUUGAACGUAGCCACAACCUUUGUAGCGAUCUUACUUUCAUUUCUCGAGGACCAACGAACAAUCCAACCGUCUGAUACGCUCGUAGUAUAUUUUACGGCCUUAUCAAUUCUCUACAUACCUCACUUACGCACGCUAUGGCUUAUCCCCUCCAUUCAAGUUCCCCGAGGACUGUUUACGGCCAUUUAUGUUAUCAUUGUUUUGACUACUGUGCUAGAGUCUGCUCAGAAAGUCCACUUUAUCCAACCACUCUACCGGAAUGUUCCGAUCGAAAAGGUCCACGGAUUCUGGGGACGCAACCUCUUCGUCUGGGUCCUUCCGCUAUUCCGGGACGCCUAUAGCUCCAUUAUCUGCCUGGAUGAUCUGCCAGAUGUAGACUCCAAUUUACUGAGUCACCGCGCAGAGGCUCGCCUGAUGCAGACCUGGUCCAACGCCAACGGAAAGUACCGACUGAUCAAAGCGACCAUUCGAGCUUACAAGUGGCCCCUUCUUUCCGCGAUCAUUCCCCGGAUUCUACUUGCCGGAUUUACAUUCUGCCAACCAUUCCUCUUGUCCACCACUAUCAAGUGGAUGAGUACCCCGAUGACGGCAGAGACCCAGCGAUACGGACAUGCGCUGGUCGGAGCAUAUGCGCUCGUUUAUACUGGCAUCGCCGUCUCAACGGCAAUCUAUUACCGCCAGGCCAGUCGUCUGGCGACUGUCGUCCGAUCGGGUCUGGUUGCUCUCAUCCAUGAACAGACGCUGGCGCUACGAGGCACAGCGGGCUCGAGAUCUGGGGACGCGGUCGCCCUGAUGAGCACGGACACGGGGCGUAUUACUGGGACUAUGCGGUCACUACAUGAGUUCUGGGCUUCUCUCAUCUCUGUAGUGAUUGCUAUCUGGCUUCUAGAAAUUCAAGUGUAUGUCGCCUGUGUGCUCCCGGCCGUCAUCGCCGUGGUUUGUAUUCUCGCCACUGGCCCAGUCUCCGCUAGAAGUGGAAAGGCCCAGAAGAAGUGGGUGGGGCAUAUACAGGAGCGUUUAGCGGUUACCACCGCAAUGCUUGGUGAUAUGAAAGCCGUUAAGAUGCUGGGGCUAGAAGUCGUGUUGUUUGAUAUCCUUACUCGGUGUCGGAAGGUCGAGCUCAGUGCCUCCAAGCGAUUCCGAAAACUUAUUGUGGGAAUCGUCAUGCUAUCGUCUGUGUCUGUGGACCUUGCACCAUAUGCGGUCUUUCUAGUGUAUACGAUUAUCGCCGUGAUCAAACACGAUACGCAAAUUCUCACUACGCAAGCAUUCACAACGCUAUCGCUCAUCUCUAUCCUUACGACUCCACUGAUGGCGUUCAUCCAGUCACUGCCCACAAUAACACAGUCCAUCGGCUGCUUCGACCGUAUCCAGGAUUAUUGUUUGCGAGAAAGAUCAAGUGAAUUGCUUCCUGCCCUAGAUAAUCCUAGUUUGCCGAUAGGCGAUAAUACCGAACUGUCCGAGCUCUCAGUUGUUGUCAAGACCCCUGGUAUAUCGGUUUCGUGCGACAAAUUCGUGGAAUUCCAGAACGCAUCCAUAUCUUGGACAGCUGAAAGCACUGCCGUUCUUCGCGACCUCAAUCUCUCUAUUCCAACAGGUACGAUCGUUAUGAUUGUGGGCUCGGUCGGAUGUGGAAAAUCCGCUCUUCUGGAGACGAUCAUGGGCAAGACUCACAUUGAUCCUGACACUAUGCACAUUUUCUCGAGAAAUGCAGCCUAUUGUCCACAAAGUUCGUGGAUUAUGAACAGCUCCAUCCAGGAUAACAUUACCGGAGGCACUGCAUUAGAUCAGAAAUGGUAUGACCUUACUAUCUCGGCUUGUGGGCUCGAGGAAGAUAUCAGCAAAUUCCCCCAAGGAAAUAUGCACAUCGCUGGUAGUGGUGGAGUAGCUCUCAGCGGAGGUCAAAAACAGCGAGUGGCUCUUGCACGCGCAGUCUACUCUAGACUCCCAAACGUCGUUUUUGAUGAUACAUUCAGCGGACUGGACUUGCAGAAUACUCGCAUCGUUGGCGAUCGUCUGUUUGGUCGGGAUGGGAUCUUCCGACGGACGGGUACAUCUGUGGUUCUCGCAACUCAUACAAGGUCUCUUCUUCCGUAUGCGGACGAAAUCGUUCUUCUCGAAAACGGUCGGAAGGUUCUACAAUGCACGUACCAGGAACUGGUCGACCAACGGCCCGAGUAUGCACAACCUAAAAUUGACGAAAAACAUGACGCGCUUGAGGCAGACCCCGAGGAAAUAAUAGGGACCAAGCCGCUAUCUAGACAGGCAAGUAGUGAAGGGAGUGAAUCCGAAUCCACUGUGUUGAACGACCUGAAAAGGCGAAAUGGUAGCUGGUCCAUCUACAAUUACUAUGCUCGCAAAGCAGGGCUUCUGCAAAUCGGAUUGCUUGCAGUUUUUGUGCUCUCGUAUGGCUUCAACACUCAAUUUUCUUCAAUUUGGUUACAAUGGUGGUCUGAUGCCAAUGAGACACACCCAAAUUCGGAUCUGGGCAAAUGGCUCGGGAUUUAUACCCUCAUUGCUCUGUUGGCAAUAUUUUCCCUGGGGGCUGGAUGCUGGGUGUUGAUCGUCGAGAUUGUCGGCAACACCUCGCUAGCUCUGCAUUCGGAUCUAUUGCAUUCUAAAACUGAUAGCGGAACCAUCAUGAAUCGGUUCAGCCAGGAUAUGCAGCUCAUUGACUUUGAGCUCCCGGUCAACGCAUUGAAUUCCCUCAGUCUCUGCGCUGUUAGCCUGGUUAUGCUGUGCGUGGUUGGGAAAUUUAUCACCAUCGCACUCCCAUUUAUGUUACUGUCGAUCUGGAUCCUUCAGCACGGCUACCUCCGUACCUCCCGCCAGGUACGCCUGUUAGAUAUUGAAGCCAAGGCACUCCUGUACUCCCAAUUCCAAGAGACAGUCAGCGGACUCUCGGUGAUCCAAAGCCUGCAGUGGCAACCGAAAUUCCACCAGCAAUGCCUUGCCAAGCUUGACAUCACCCAGAAGCCGUUCUACAUGCUGUUUUGCAUACGGCAGGGCCUUAAGCUGGCGUUAGACCUGCUGGUCAUGCUCUUUGCGGUUAUUCUCGUCGCAAUCAUCACCGCACUGAAGGAUCGUUUUACCGCCGGCCAGAUUGGAGUGGCAUUGAAUCUGAUAAUCUCCAUCAGUCAGUACUUGAACAACGCAAUCGAGUCGUGGACACAGAUGGAGAUCUCUCUCGGCGCAGUAGCACGUGUGCAGGAAUUUAUGACAGAGACCCCUACCGAAGUAUCGGAAGGGUUAGAAGAAGGUUGGCUAACGCGUGCAGAGAUCCGGUUCGAGAAUGUCAACGCUGGAUAUAGCCCUCAAGCUAGACCUAUUCUCUCAGAUCUCUCCUUAUAUAUCCCCUCCGGUCAAAAGAUCGCUAUCUGCGGACCCUCUGGCAGCGGCAAGACAUCACUUAUCAUGGCCCUUUUACGCAUGCUAGAGGUCUCCCAUGGCCGCAUUACCAUCGACGGCGUGGAAAUCUCCGCCAUCCAUCCCGCCGCGCUCCGCAGACAGAUCACCGUCAUCCCACAAGACCCCUUCUUUCUUCCUGGCACGCUGCGCGACAGUUUCGAACCCACCGGCACGCUGUCAGAAGAGCGAAUUAUUGCUUCGAUCCAAAAAGUGGGUCUCUGGGAAUCAAUCUCUGAGAAGGGCGGGCUACACGUGGCCUUUGAAGCGCUGGACUGGUCAUACGGCGAGAAACAACUGCUAGCACUGGCCCGGGCCCUGACCACCCCGAGUCCGCUUCUCAUCUUGGACGAGGCGACUAGCAGCGUCGACUGGGAAACCGAAGCUCGAAUGCUCGAUAUAAUUGAGCAGGAGUGUGCGACACAGACGGUAAUUGCCGUUGUGCAUCGGUUACAGCAUAUCGAGCGCUUUGAUAGCGUGGCGCUUCUGCAACAUGGAACGCUGGUGGAGUUUGAUGCCCCUGGGGCUUUGUUGGGACGUGAGUCGAAAUUUCGUCAGCUUUAUACUGCGCUGCAGAAAUAA